AUGAAGGACUCUGGUCCCAUCACUGCCUGCACCCUGAUCCUGCUGAUGAGCAGCUCCGUCAUCCCCUGCUCCGGGGGUCUCCCGCAGAGUCAUUUCCAGAGACGAAAUUGGACCCCGCAGGCCAUGCUGUACUUAAAGGGGGCACAAGGUCGCCGCUUCAUCUCAGAUGAGAGUCAGAGGAAAGACUUGUACGACCGGCUGCAGCUCGAGACCCGGAGCCGGAAUUCCAGCCCAAUCACAAUAUCGGAGGCAGCUGCCAUGUUCCUCAGCUCUCUGCAAAAAGCUCAGGAGGAAGCUGAAGAUGGCGCCAUGGACCACGAGGGAUACCUGCCAGAGCCUUUAUUCAGCUGGUGAUGGUGCCACUUGUCCUCUUCUCUGGUGACAGGCAGUUCCCAUAUGUUAUCUGUUUUAUCAUGGUCCUCGCAUGCCAGGAUCGAGGCA